CUCGCCUCGAUCGUCUGUCGAGAACCUUUUGCUCUCGGCCAUCGGCGCUCGCGGAAUUCUCCUCGGUCUGCUCUGUAGGUCAGUUUCCACGCUGUUUUCCCACUCCUCUUACUUCCUCCUCUCUAGAUUGUUGAUUGGUUCCAUCUCGAUCGGGCUCUUUUCUGCGCUUUCUGGGUGUUAGAUUCGUUGAUUCCUUAGGAAUUCGCCUCGUGUUAUGGAUUCGACCUCCAUCUGAACUUUCCCGUUCUGCGAUUUAUAAGGGGUUUUAUAUCAUCCUCAUCAGGUGAAUUCAGGCCUUUGCCCCUUAGGGUUGUCUUUUCUUUCGCCCCUUUCUUGAUUUCUAGGGUUUGUUUUGGUCAACCCACCCCAGUCCCCUCUAUAGGUGGUUCUUGUGUUAUGGCGGCCGGUCGACAUGGUGGUUACCGAGAUAAUAGGUUGCAGGACCGGGAAACAGAUGUUGAGGUCUCCAGGAGGAAGGAUUAUUAUCGGGUUGGUCUCCGUGAUGGAGGUCGUAAUGGGGACCAUAGCCGAGAUGUGCGUGAUAGGAUUAGUGUCAGGCAAAAAGGCAUCAGGGAGAUGGGUGCGGUGAAUGGCUCCUACAGCUCCCCGUUGAACGAUUUGAGCGGCGGAAGCAGUCAUAGUCAGAAAAUCAAUCACCUUUCUGGGAGAGAUGUUGACCGUGAGACUGGGGAGUUGUCCAGUGGGAGUGGAUCAGAUGAUGCUGAAGCACCCAUAUCAAAAAUUAGGGAGAAUGGGACUCAGGAUAAGGAGAAUGGUGAUUCUUCCAUGUCUAUUAGGAAAAGGAAGUUUUCUCCAAUCAUUUGGGAUAGGGAUGACGAUAAGCAGUCUGCUGUUCCUACUUUCGGAAACAAGUACAACAAGUUUGAGCAAGUUAACCUGCCUCCGCCACCUCCUCUGCCUGAGGGUUUUGUACCACCACAUUCCAUCGAGGUUGUUCUACCAUGUGCUGUGAAUAUGUCACCAGUAGAUAUUGAUGUAGACGUCCCUGCAGACUCACCACAAGAACAGUUGGUAGAUCCUGAUCAGGAGGCCCGGUUAGUAGAUGACUGCGAAGAGGAACUUGCACCAGCUCGGAGUAUUUCUUUCUCCAGAUGGGCAGAUGGAAACAGUGUUCUUAAUGACGAUGAAGAUAAACCUUUUGAGGAUGAUCUUGUGCCCAAAAGGAGGAAGGCCACACCUUUAUCUGAUUUGGGAAGGCAACAAAUGCAGAAAAAGACGCCAACUCCUGAGCUAGGCGAGGUUAUUGUGAGAGUAAACUCAGGUGGGUCUCCAUGUAAGCUAUCUGAUUCAGAGGGAAAGUAUGGAAAUGCUGACUGGGAGCUUGGGAAUGACAGAAAUGAUUAUAUGGAUGUUGAUGGCGAUGAGUAUGGUACAGACACAAGUGAUCAACUCUCUGAUACCGACUCCGAGGGCAAAGAUGAUGAGGCCAAGAUGCUGGGGCCAGCUCAGCCACCUCAAAGAUGUAUAAACAUGUUGCAAGGAUGUCGAAGCGUGGAUGAGUUUGAGAGGCUGAACAAAAUAGAUGAAGGCACCUAUGGUGUUGUGUACAGAGCAAAGGAUAAAAAGAGCAGGGAGAUAGUGGCACUUAAAAAAGUUAAAAUGGAGAAAGAGAGGGAGGGUUUUCCACUGACAUCCCUUAGAGAGAUAAAUAUUUUGUUAUCUUUUCAUCAUCCUUCAAUUGUAGAUGUUAAGGAAGUUGUCAUUGGUAGCAGCCUUGAUAGUAUUUUUAUGGUUAUGGAAUAUAUGGAACAUGAUUUAAAAGGGUUGAUGGAGACUAUGAAACAGCCCUUUAGCCAGAGCGAGGUAAAAUGCUUAAUGUUGCAGCUUUUUUCAGGUGUCAAGUACCUUCAUGAUAACUGGGUUCUCCAUAGGGAUUUGAAGACAUCUAAUAUUCUUCUAAAUAAUCGUGGAGAGUUGAAAAUAUGUGAUUUUGGUUUGUCUCGCCAAUAUGGCAGCCCAUUGAAGCCUUACACUCACUUGGUUGUGACAUUAUGGUACAGGGCACCAGAACUUCUGCUAGGAGCUAAGGAGUAUACAACUUCUAUAGACAUGUGGUCCUUAGGAUGCAUAAUGGCUGAGCUUCUAGCAAAAGAACCAUUAUUCAGUGGAAAAACUGAGUUCGAUCAACUUGACAAGAUAUUUAGGACACUUGGUACCCCCAGUGAGAAGAUAUGGCCUGGAUUUGCUAAACUACCUGGCGUCAAAGUUAAAUUUUCCAAGCAGCCGUAUAAUAAGCUACGAGAAAAGUUUCCUCCCACAUCUUUUUCUGGCCGUCCAACCCUGUCUGAGGCUGGGUUUGACUUACUAAACAAACUUCUCACAUAUGACCCUGAGAAGCGAAUAACAGCGGAGGCUGCCCUUAACCAUCGCUGGUUCCAUGAGGUUCCUCUGCCCAAGUCAAAGGAUUUUAUGCCUACUUUCCCUGCUCAACAUGCACAAGACAGACGUCAACGAAGAAUAAUGAGGAGCCCUGAUCCACUUGCAGAGCAAAUGUUGAAGGAAGUGCAACAAGAAGAACUAGGUCUUUCUGGCCUCUUUGGCUAGAGGACAUGUACAGCAAACUUUUGGGGUCUUGGCUGUGAGUUCUGCCUGCUCAUUUAGUUAGGAAUUCUUGUUCACUAAUUUCAUAGGUGAGACAUAUAUUGCUGGUGACGAUGCACAACUUCGUUAUCUCAGGAAAGAAUUGACAAUCUUGUUAAGCAGUCACCAUUGAUGGUGUUGGAGGGUCAUAAAGGAUAUUAUCUUUCUUUUUAUGACCAAAACAAGAACUCUUGCAGGGCUUUUCCUUUUCUUCAGCAGCAGUAAUUAUAAAGCACAUCCUUUAAGGUGUGGGAUAUCAAACUUUUAUAUUAGCAUGAUCAAUUCCCCCUGAAGCUUGUAUAUGUAACAAAUUUCUAAUUGGCACAUUGUAAACAGUGCUCCAAAAGACUGGAUUUAAUACCAAGCAUUAAUUGAAUGUUGGCUAUGCCUUAGUGUAAUUACUUCUAAUGGUUCAUACUGUGUUUGCAAGAGUUGACUGGUUGAUGCGGUUGGACAUUGUUGCUUCCAGUAUUGAGUAAUCAAUAUCUUUCUUGUGAAAAGUGCAGUGUCUGAAUAAAGAAGCUAUGAUGAAAGGAGAUGCAGUUGACAGAAAAUGCUUCUCAGAAAAUCACCGAAGUUUAGUUGCUUAUCUGCAUUUUCAGAAUUGAGCAUAUUGAUUUCAAUAUAGUUUUAGGUUGUUGGAGGUUGAGAAGACAGGAAGCACAUUUGGUCAACUUAAAGUUUAUAUUUCUUAUCUUGCUACUUUAAAUCAAGAAAGGUCAUGCUAGAUGUGGCGAAGGGCUGGAUAGAAUUAGAAUAAUUAUGAAUAAGACAUCUAGCCCUAACCUUAGUUCUUUUUUGCUUUAUCUCAGUUUUUUCAGUUAUUUAUUAUUUCCUAUUGAAUCUUCAGUUCCAAUUGUUUUGACUGAUAUGUAUAACUAUUUUUGUUUCAGAACAAGAUGGCUAAAAUUCAGUUGAUUUAUCCCUACUAGAUUUAACCCAGAACAUUGUUGUGCUCAUUGCUGGUUUCAUAAAUUGUUUAUUUUUUGUGUGCUUGUGCUGUUUUCCAGUUAAUUUGAUAUUAACAUACGUAUCUUGUUAUACAAAAAUCAACUCUCGUUCUAUACUAAAUCUACUCUUAUUUUCUUAUUCUUCUAAAUAAUUAACUAGAUCUGAAAUAUAAGGUAACUAUGCAUAUGAUUGUUUCGAUAUACAAAUAAUGGUUGUAUAUAGGCCUUUGUGGCUCAAGCAUUUGUUGUCAUCAACUCUCGAUUUUCAUGGUUGAGAUUUUAUUCUUGACCAUAGCUUGGUUUUGAAUUUUGGGUUUCUAAACUACUUAACACCGGAUAGGACCAUGGACUGAAAUCUCAAUUAGCUACCGAUAACAGUCAGCGACGAGUUCGGUGUGGUACCAGUGUGUGACCGUGUAUCCAGGCUUGCUCUUGGCUGGUAUUGGUCUAUGUCUCGGUUGACUGUUGGACUAGCCAAUGCCUCCCUACUGUCCAGUACAGCUUGGUAACUAUUUACUGCCUGAAGUCUAGUAUGUUUGAAUUUACCUGACAGGACUGCUCAUACCGGAUCUAAUUGGGUGAAAUUGUGUGGUUCAUGCCAUAAUUGGGUAUUUGACCAGCCUAUACCAACUGGUACAGGUAGAAUUUUAAAACAUGAGACCAACUUUGUAUUAAGAUUGGGCACAAAAUUAAAAGAUGGUGUAUGAAUUACCUUAUGAUAGGUUUUCUCUAACUUGGUGCAGCAAGACUCGUUGUUUGUGCUGUGUCUUACCAUAAAGAUUCAGGAAAUAUCUAUUAUAGGUUUUUAUGAUAAAGCCAAAUUUAGUCUAAUUUAUGCUUAUUCCAAUAUUAUCUCAAAAUGCCACCUGCUUGUAGGGUAUAUUGUUAUAUUACUUGGGGUUCAAUGUUGAGGCUAUUGUAUCUUCAAAAAUGAAGUAAUUUUAUCCUGUUUCUAUUAGGUGGAACUUAACAAUGCAUCUUGUGUCUAGCAGAUGUAACCAUCAAGUAGUGAUUGGUUAUGGUCUAUGUCCUAUAAAUUAAUGCUACUCUUCUUGCCUUGGACUCCUGCAUAAUACUUUAGGCCUCAAGGCUUUCUCUGACCCCCUCUUUUCAUCUUCUCCUUUUCAUUGUGUUCAUCAAGUGGUAGAUAAUUCUCAACUAUCAAUGUAAGUGAAUCCUUCUGCAUUGUUUAAGAAAUUUCUUUUUCUAAUGAUUGGUUGGUGGAUUGGAGAAAAUUCUUGGACAUUUAAGAUUUUAUUUAUAGGCACUUUGGGACUCAUGAGUUAUCAUGAUUUUCACUAUGAAUCACUGAGAUGUCCUGCAUGGUAGGUACCUAAACUACAGUAGAAUAUUGAAGCCAUUCCUGCUGCAUUACAUGCAUGUUUAUGUACUUGAAAAAUUAUUAAUAUACAUGUAUAAAUGUUACACAAAAAUGCAUGUAUAUUUAGAAGUUUAUAUAAAUUCAUGCAAUGGGAGAUUUUGUGUAGAGGUGUUAUUGUUUACAUGUUUAAUGAUGCAGCUUAUUAUGGGUUUAUCGCCAUGAGGGUGAUUGCUGGUCUUUGUUUUGGUCCAUUAUAUCAGCAGUAUUUGACAAGUCUUUUAUUUCUUGCCAAUGGCUGCUGAAUUUUCUAUCGAAAACCUAAAAAAAAUAGUUUCCAGAAAUGGAGAAGCUAGACCUAAAUGUAUUUUGACAAAAUAGAUUUGUGUUUAGAUCCAACCCAGGCUGAAAUAAUACUGAACUGCAUUAAUUUACUUUCACUUCCUCAUGUUGUAUCCAAUGAUGCAAUUUACCAAUCUUCUCUCUCCGUUUCCUACUUUGGUGCUUCAAAUUCGUGCAUGCAUUACUAGAAUAAUAAUUUUACUGUGGCUUUUGUCUUCUUUCUGUAUCAACAUGCAUCUAAAGUGUUUGACGUGUGGAAGGAUGCCAGAGUUGGUGGAAUAGUGAAUUUUAGAUAUGUAUUCUGUAUUUUAGUUGCUGGUCUUUUAUACAUCAAUCCUUUUGUUACUUCCAGGCUUCCUUCAACUUUUGCUCUCAUAAUAUAUCUUUCUCUGGUUGAAGUUUCAACCUCCUGUAGUGUUUGUUGUAUAAGCUGGGCAUUGCGAGUCUGAUUUAGUAACGUUAGUAAAAUAUGAUUCACCAGUUAAGUAACAUCAUACUAUCCUAACUGCCUGUAGAGUUUUGUAUUAUGUGCCUGUAUGAUUGCUGCAAGUAUUAUUCAACUAUACUUCUUUUAUUGCAGUUUCUUACUUAAUCUCAAACCAAAAGCUCUAUCAUCCACCUCUAUGUAAGCUAGAAUUAUUCAACAGGUAACUAAUUGGUCACCAUUAUUAUUUCGUUUAGUGCCCCUCCUCUUCUCAAGUGGUGCUUUCCUGCAGAUAGGAGUCAUCUUUUACAUGAUUUGUAAAGUAUGUUGUGUUAUGUGGUUGCCUCAUGAAUGGACUUGAAAGAGUAACACUUUUAUCUUCUCACGACAAUUUGAAAUUAAGAUCUGGCUUCAACUUCUGAUGGCGACCAUAUGUUUGAGCAGCAGUCUCUCAUGAACCUUGGCCAGGUUUUCUUGUAUGCCAUGAUGCACUUACAGAAGGUGAGCCUGGUUGGGGUGUUAUCUUUUCUCCACAGUUUGCUGUCCUAUGGGACCUUUUGGAGGAGACUGUUGAAUGUACUUUGCUUUUCUGUCUCUUGUCAAGGAUAUUAGAAUGAAUCUAUUUAUCGUCA